UGAAUUUUUAAAUUCAAAUUUUGCUUUUAUUUAAACCAUGAGAAUAUCAUUUAACUAAAAACAAAAAACUCCACAAUGCUAUCCUGUCCAGAUAAUUUACAAAAUCAAAUCCAACUCCAACCAAACUCACCACCCAACCAUUGUACAGUCAGUGGAGGAAGAAAUCCAAUUGAAAAACAUCAAUACAUCUUCGAAAAAAAAUAUAAAUAUUCCAAAGCACCCGGCUGGACACUUCCGCCAGUCGAUGAGUUAUUCAAAGAGUUUUAUCAAUUCGAUAAUCUGCAACAACUUAAAUAUGAUUUGAAUGCAACAAAAAGUAAAUUGAAUGACUACGUUCUGGAAGAUUGGAGUGUUCAUACGAGAAAGAAGGAUCCAUCGGGAGAGAUUCCAUGGAAACUCAAGAAUGACAUUCAAGCUGAAUUCGUAACAGUUGCAUGGUGCAAAUUGUUUGAAUGUUUGCAUCAAUACAAAAUGGUCAAAGAUGGCAAAUUGAAUAGCUUGCAUUUGUGUGAGGCGCCAGGAGCAUUUAUAGCAGCAUUGAAUCAUUAUUUGCAUUCUACUUUUGAUGAGGUAAGAGUUUCAACUUGGUUUGUAAUUUUUUUCUUUGUUUUUAUAAUCGCCUAUUCUGUUUUUCUGAAAAUAUUAAGAACCUCCUUCGCUUAAUGCCUUUUGUUGGUCCAGGAAAAUCCCCCCUUUAGUUCACUUUCCAAUCCUGUCAUAUCUCACAAAUGAGUUACUCUAUCAUAAAAAAAGAGACCUAAAACUGCUUGU